GGACACAAGCAAUUCUUACAUGCAAGCACACUCUGCAUCUGCAACAUACAUGACACCGAGUCUUGCGAGUACUUCCUCCACAAUACUGCCGACCCACAUACAUACAUCCAAACACCGGACACCCAACGACCACGGGGAAGACACAUCACUGGAAGCAGGACAGUCUGUUGCUCACGUAUGCAUUCCGCACCACAGUCACCACAGCAUUCCAGGAACAGAUCGAAUGCACUGAACGAUUCAAUUGACCUGACACCCACAGGGUAUGCCACAGAACCAUUCUGAUCAACAGCUGCACAGGCCUGGCACGUGCCUUGGGGGCUUGCUAAUGCGAGGCCAUGAUAGCCAAAUCUGCAUAAUAUCAGCCCGUUUCACAUUUAAGCUGGUCAGGCAACUUGAGGACGCUUGCGCCAAUCUGGUUGAUCAGCCACUGCCGGCAAACAGUCUGUCUUGAACAAAUCGGACAGGGGGAAUCAUCAAUAUGCGCCAUCAUCAAUAGGACAUUAGAAAGAAGAAAGGGUAUAGAAGGCCUCAGACACGACCCAUCGUCAUUAAGUGCUUUGAAAAUUGAAACAGGAAGUACAAUGCUUGCCACAUCACUCGGACGCACAAACAUCCGAAGGGCUGUUCCUAUGUGGCUGCACAAGCAGCCUCUUUGGAGCAAACCCAGUACAGAAGGGAUUACCCAAUCAAUUCAUACGCAAGUCAUCAGUCAUAAAAGUGGCGGCAACCAGACAAUUAUCGCCACACCCGCAGCGCAUGCGCGC